AACAGUAACUCGUCUACAAAGACAAGGAUAAGAUAUGGCAAGCAUGGCCGUCCAGCUACUUGGGUUUUCAGUGGCCCUACUUGGGUUCGCUGGAACAGUCGUGGCCACCGUGCUACCUCACUGGUGGAAAACAGCUCAUGUGGGAACCAACAUCAUUACUGCUGUGGCAUACAUGAAAGGUCUGUGGAUGGAGUGCGUGUGGCAAAGCACUGGCAUUUACCAAUGUCAGGUUCACCAGUCUCAGCUAGCUCUUCCUCUUGACCUACAAGUUGCUCGAGCCAUGAUGGUGUCAUCUUGUGUUCUUUCCAUAUUAUCGUGUGUUGUGUCAGUCUUUGGCAUGAAGUGUACUCAAUGUGCAAAAGGUUCAGCAUCCAAAAAGUUCAUAGCUAUUCUUGGGGGAGCUUGCUUUAUCUUGUCUGGCCUUCUUUGCUUGAUUCCUGUGGCAUGGACUACCAGUGACGUUGUCCAAGCUUUCUACAAUCCCGCACUCCCGUUUGGCAUGAAAUAUGAGAUUGGCCAGGCACUCUACGUUGGUUUCCUCUCUGGUGGGCUAUCAGUAAUUGGAGGGGUUAUAUUACUGAUCUCCUCAUGUCAGGGCAACACUGAAGAAGUUCCAUACAUCCACCCUCCGUACAACACAAGAAUGCAUCCACCAAGGGGUCCACCAGUUGUCCACAAGAGUAACCAUUCUCCGUCUUGGUCAUCUGCUUCAAACCACGGACUACACUUGAUAUAAAUUCAACUAUUACAGCACAUGCAUGGG